CGCACACGGAGAUGGCGAUGGCGGCGGGCCGGGCGGGCCUGGGGCUUGCGGGCCCCGGGAAGGUGCUGGGGAAGAGGAUGGAGGGGAUGGCGUCCCCGCUGUGGGUUCGUUGUCUCUUUACCAGGUCGAAUAUUCCAGACUCGGUAUUUCAGCCACAGCCUGGAGAUCAUGAAAAGUAUGGAGGGAACCCUGAGGAGCCCCACAAAAUCCACGUUAUUACUAGAAUAAAAAGUGUCAUUGGUCGCCCCUAUUGGGAGAAGAAGAUAAUACGUGACCUGGGACUGGAUAAAGCACAUCAGCCAAGACUGCACAAAAAUAUCCCUUCUGUGAAUUCCAGACUGAAAGUUGUUAAACAUCUGAUAAGAAUCCAGCCACUGAAACUGCCCCACGGGCUGCCAACAGAAGAGGAAGUGUCCAGCACUGUUCUGACAACCAGGGGAGAGCUUAUCAUUAAAAAGCGCCUGAAACCUGUGGAGCAGAAAGAAAUUAAGGCAUAAGGUGUGCUGGUUGGAUUUAGAUUUUAUAAAAUAAAUACUUUAAAUCCCCAGUU